UCUCUUCUUGAUGGGCGUCAUGCCAAUCGUUCAGACACCAUGCCUACUCAGUCGGAUGGGUACAUGAGGGCGCUGCAGGACCUGUCAACGUUCAUCGGAUUGACCCGUCACAGGCGAAUCAAACUCUACUUCCUUGCUAUGGUACUAUUCAAUGCAUGUCUCUAUUUCGCCAUCUACAGUGGACACAAAGAGGUCGUUACUGGGAGACAGGUCUCCACUUCAAAACCACGUGACAUAGGGGUCAUAGCGUCACGUGACCCGAGUAAAGUGGAAUGCGACCCGGAAGUCAUUAAAGACAUCGUACGACACCAUGGUCAAAAUGCCAAGGAACAGGAAGGGAAGCUGUGUCCCAAGAAUGCAAAUGCAGUGGAAGACUCCUCUCGGGGAUUUGUUUCAAGGUUUGUUAAAUGGUGGAAUGGCGGAUCAAACGACACCAGUAGCAAGCCCCGCAAGAGUCUCAGUGCUUCUCAUGACUACAAACUUGUAUUGAAUGAACCAGAUGCAUGUAGGACUGCAGACGGAAGUGUAUUUUUACUCGUGUGUGUCUUUACAAUCCAUUCGAAUUUCGAAAAGCGGAAAGCUAUCAGGGAAACCUGGGCUUCACAGAAAGCGGUGCGGGGUAAAGAAACGGUGACAGUCUUUAUGUUGGGUAAAACAACCAACGAAUAUCACCAAAGACUUGUAGAGUUGGAGAGCAAGAAACACGGGGACCUCAUCAUGGAAGACUUCGUCGAUUCCUAUCAUAAUCUUACUCUCAAAACAAUCAUGACGAUGAAAUGGUCUAGUCAGUACUGCGGCGAUGUGAAAUACGUCAUGAAAACAGAUGACGACAUGUUUGUCAAUUAUGACGCUUUAAUUACCCACCUCGUCGAUCCCCAGACACCACACACAAACUAUUUUGUUGGGAGUAAGUUCUCCGGAAAUUCUCCGAUUCGAGACCCUAAGAGCAAAUGGUACGUUCCCAAGAAGAUGUAUUCAAAUCCGCGUUACCCGACGUUCUGUUCGGGAACUGGGUACGUCAUGUCCGGUGACAUUCCAGCUCGCGCGUACAACAUGUCCUUGCAUACACGGUAUCUCUACCUCGAAGACGUGUACAUGGGGCUUUGUAUGAAGAAGUUGAAGGUAAAAAUGUCGGGGCAUUCAGGGUUCCAUAUCGAUGACGUACCCUACAAGUACUGCACGUAUAAGCGAUUGAUUACAACGCAUGGGAAAACGACGACGAUGAUGUACAGAAUAUGGGAAGACCAAAAAUCUCGUGCUGGAUCCAUGUGUGCUGGCAUCCACAAGCCACACGUCAAAUAGCCAGUGCGUUGGAGAAAGGGUUUACGUCCCCGCGUUAACAAGAACCGACCUUUCAUAAUUUAUAUCGAGACCACCAUCUCCACCAAUAUCAUCGUAUGGUCUACCGGAAUGAUGAUGUAGCUGUCAGGCCAAGGAUGCGCUGGUAUGGGUCGGGUGAACUUGAAAAUUAAACCCUUGUAUCGCGACGUUCGGCCAGCGAUAGGAUCGAACGGUCACCACAUAGUACUCGCCUCCGUUCCUCUCUCGACAAGCCCGUGCGCACAGAUGCUAUUUCCAGCGUAUCACGUGGAAUUAAAAUGCAGUACAUAAUACCAAUCUAUGAUACCGCGGGAGAAUGCAAUUCCCCCCUCUGACACACACACACACACACACACACACAUAUAUAUAUAUAUAUAUAUAUAUAUAUAUAUAUAUAUAUAUUGUUGCCUAUCACGCUUGCCAGAAUAGGUUGUGCACAUAAUAGAAGGCCUCGUGUAUUUUGAAGAAAAAAAAACAACCUGAAAUGUUCUUGAUUGUUAUAUGUACAAUCCUCACUAAAACAAGUAAACACUAUAUUUAGGUGCUAAACUUGCAAUAUAUCUCUCUUACACAAAGAAUGCAUUCCCAAAAUAUGUAUUUUAUUAUAAACGUCGUGUCAAAUCGAUCGCAUAUCGCAAGUGGUUUAGAUUGGGUUUGUUAACAAACUUUGUUAAAGAUUUUCUCAAUGUCCUCUGUAUAUGAGCUAUAUGUGUCUCUUGGAUGUAUUUGUUUACAGCUUCCAUUGUGACAGGGUCCGGGGACAGGGUAAAUGGUGAUAAUAAUGAUGAUUGGUGACCUCCAUAAGAGUGUAAAUACAUGCAUGUACCUCAUCGAAGUAAAAUUAUAUUAUGUAUCGAUUAAAAUUCCAAAGAUAUUUAUAUUAUCACGACCCAUACGUAGGAUGUUUGGUCGGAGGAAAGGUCGGAGGAAGGGUCGUAGUUAGUGCCCCUCUUGACAGAGUUAUUCCUACCUUCCUCCGACCAAGAUACUCUCACCUCCGACCAGGAAUGUUAAUCCAUGCUUAAUAGAAUUUUAAUCCUACUAGGAACCCAGGUCUGAACGAGGCUUGUGUUGCCACUGGAUGUUGCUUCUAUGGGCGCGUCGUGGUCUAGUAGUUCUGAGUCGCCUUUCAAACAGAGGGUCGUGGGUUCGGAUCCUAGCCGUGGCGUGUUUUCCUUCAGCAAGAAAUUUAUCCACUCUGUGCUGCACUCAACACACUCAGGUUAGGUAAAUGGGUACCGGCAAGAAGUAAUUCCUCAAAAAGCUGUGUGCACCUGGAUCGGUAGCCUAGCUUAUAUAGCCGGGUAAUAAUAAUAGCAGGGCCCGCUGGGAGAACAGUUUUCGGAACUGAAGUGGUUACCCUGGGUAAAUAUACCGUUAUUUUUUAUGAACAUGUGGGAAGAGUUACAAUUGAUAUGAUCAACCAUUGAAAGCUAGCAACGUCAACAUCUAAAUUGCAUAUUUUGUUCAAAAUAUUUUCUAGAUUAUGCUUAAUAUUCUUACAUUCAUUGUUUUCUAGACAAUUUAGUUAAUGAGGAGAGUCAGUGGUCUAACAAGUUAUUGCUGGUCUUUGUUUACACAUGACAUUGCGCAAAGUUUAUGUACAAAAAAAUUAUGCCGUUGAUGGAUUUCCAUAUAUACAGUUGAGGUUAAUCGGAUCAAUCGUAACUCUUUGAAAGAUGGGUAGAGCCUCACUUGCUAUAUUUCGGUGGUAGUUGAGGCGUUUUCUUCCGAAUCAUACAAAUGUGGCCGUAAUUUCGUACGUAGGUUGUAACACUGGUGCUGAUUUCAUCGAAGAGGUUAUCUUGGCCUGAUCUUUCCACUUAAUAGUACUGUUGCAUAAUAAAUAAAAUGCGCCUAAUAUUUGGUAAUACUGACUCUAUGGCGCGUUAAGGCGACCGCACACCUUACGAUUGGUCUGCGACCCGAUUUUGGAAUAAAACCUAGUAGAAUUUGAUGCUAAUAUGGAGACAUGGAAUAUCUUACUGUGUAACGUUCGAGAACAUAGUACGAAUACCUAUGUUCAAAUCUGUGACUAUGCUAUCAUCCUUAGAAUAAAAGCAAAUUUAAUAUCUAGUCGUAAUGACGUCAUAGCAGUCGUACGAUUGGCUACGAUUUGAUACUAAUUUUGCCUUUACUCCAAAAUAAAGGCUUGCAAUCUUUGAAAAUGGUUAUAUUAGUAUUCUUUCUAUUAAUUUAAACCUAAAAUAAAAUGAUACAUGUAUGUUCAAUUCACAUCUUUAGAAAAUGAGCAAAAUGCGAUUUGUUCCAAAAUCGGAUCGCGAACAGUCGUAAGGUGUGCGGUGGCCUUUAUAAACACUGUAUUAUAUCGAUUACAUACAUUUUGUUUGAACAAAGUACAUGUAUGUUAUACUAUGGCUAUUUAAAAGGGUAUGUUGCGGUUGUAUGUAUUUUUGUCAUAACGAUUUUGAAGUUUUCACGUAGGCCAUCCUUUUCAUGACUUUUAGAAUUAUAGUGAGAUAUUUUACUUUGAACAGAACAUUGGGGCGGUGGCCCUUCUAUUGUGUAAAGUACACUCUAAAAACAAAUCAGUCAAAAAUGACUAGUUAAUAGGGUCAGCUGGGUGCAACUGUUAUUCUAGUCAUAUUUGACUAUUUUGUAGUCGUAUUUUACUAGGACAGUGUUAUUUCUAACUAGAAUGUAUGUCAAAAAUGUGACUAGCAUAUCAGUUGCUCCCAGCUGACUACUUGUCUAGUCAAUUUGACUGAUUUGUUUAAGAGUGUAGUAGUGCGCAGUAAAUAUAAAAACAACAGCAACACACACACGCACACAUAAACGCGCUUUGAAUUUAAUACUUUAAUAUUUUAUACAACCAGCUUAUUGAAGAUUGAAUAUAUAAAAAAAUUGUUUUUUAUGUUUUAAAGACUUAUUUAAAUUCUGAAACAAGUACUGUAAAGACGAUAGUAAAUUGCAUUGUAUAGGCCUACAUAAAAAACAACAACAACGUUUUACUGUGUGAGAGAAGAGGGGAAAGAGAAGGAAGGAAAGGGAAAUAAAGAAGAGUUAAAUAAGAAGAAUUGUUUGGUUCAUGUAACGCUCAAUUACCCUUAUAGUGAUGUAAAAUUGAUCAGUAUUAUUGGUGUCUUGUCAGUUAAAGGAGUGGUUCCGGCUGAAAGUUAUUUCUAAACCAAAAGAACAAGAGUCAACUCGGAAAAUACUAAGAGUUUCAUUAAAAUCUGAUGAAAAAUGUUUAUUAUUUAAAUGUAAUUUGAAAAUUGGGUUAUAUCGUGUGAAUCAGUUACAUUUAUGCGGCCACGAAUAUACAAUAGCUGGCUGAUGAUGUCACGUCCCCACUUUUUUCGUGUUUCAUGAAAUUAGUAUUAUUUCAAACUUUCAUAUACAUGUGUCUAAAACAUGUCUCCAGUCGUAACGAAAUCAGAAAUGAUUAUCUGACACAAUAUUAACAUUCUAUGGGAAAAGAAAAUGAAUACGCAUAUACAUGUAUGAGUAGGGAGAUGACAUCAACUUGCUCAUUGAAUAUUCAUGAAGACACAUUUAGAACGGUUAACAAAAAUAAUGUAAAACUUUGAUAUGUCAGAAAUCUAACAUUUCUGUUAUUCCUUGCCCAGUGAAUUUUUGUGAAAUUUUCAGCGUUUUGUAUUGUGUUCAGCCCGGAAUGCCCCUUUAAGAAGAUAUGUAAUAAUGAUUGGGUUCAUUUGCAUAUGAAUCAAUAUUGACUCGAUGUAUCUAUGGCAUGCCUCACUCCUCACAGUAUUAAGUAUAAACGAAGAAGUGAGAGCGCUACGAAUUACAUGUGUAUUAAUCAUCAAUUUUUUGUUAGAACAGGUGUCUUGUGAGUUUUGUAAUCACUCCCAUGUGAAACAGAAUUAAUACCAAGUGUUACGUUGAACAUUUAAAUGAAAUGGAAAUCGAAAUGACAUAGAGUUGUGAAACAAUGACCUUCAAUGAAUUAUGUUUGCAGUUGGACUGUCUUUUUAAGAUAAGAUGGGAAUAGAUUUUUUUUUCAUAUGAGACUUGAGGUGCCAGCAGAAUUACACUAUAAAAGUAUGCGAUUGGUUUCACGUUCGUAAUGAAACCACUUUAAAUGUCAAUUCCCAGAAACCACACAAUAACGCUUGGAAAUUUACUCCCAACGAUUUAUUCUAGGUGAAUAUUGCGGUGUGAAAAGUAAUGGGAAAUAAAUUAAUAAUUAUCUUGUAUAUUGUAGCCUAAAUUUGGCAUCAUUUGGGUGUAAUGGCCAUGUAGGGAUCCGUUAUUGAAUGAGAAGUUAAGGUCUUGAGUUGGCAAUGUUCAAAAUGGCGGACUGCAUAUUUAAGGGGGAAACAAGGGGGGGGGGGGUUACGGGGCCUUGGGUGCAUGCACUAGGCCGAAUUCCUUAUAUUUUCUUUUAAUCAAAAUGUUUGUCUACGUCAGUUGAAUACUUCAGGGUUAGCCCAUCAUUCAAUGUAAGCGGAAAUUAUACUAUAGCUUAAUCCAUUUGACUAUAUAAGUUACGAUCAAUAACAAUUAAUUAUUAGAUUAAAAAAAAUAUGUGACAAAAUCGGGCACGUGGGAAGACCCAAACAAUACAGCCUGCAAACCAAUAUAUUUGUAAAAUGGUGGAUGUCUGUUUUUAGAGGACUUUGAAAUGUUGGUGGUCUGAUACUUUAACAGUUUCCAUUGGAGAUGCGUUUCUUUCUAUACAAUGAAUAAGAUAAUAUAGAAUAAUAAUAAGAAAAGGGUUGACGGUUUAUUUAAAGCUAGGACUAUACAUUUUCAAUGUACUUUUGUGAUAUUAUUCCAAAAUUGGAAAUUUUGAAUUAUUAUUUCAACAAUGUUGUGUGAACAUUUUGGAGGAAACAUUGACUCAAUGUGUUUCCUCCAAAUGAUCAUUUUUUGAGAGAGAAUAUAUAUGUAUAAAUAUAUACACUAGUAUAUAAUUAUGACAGGGUUUGAAACUGUAAACGUCAAUUUGUUGGACAUAAGUUUAGUAAAGUAUAAAGCAAUAUUGAAGUUCAUGAGUACAAUUAUCAAUUAUAUGAAUAUGCUUAGCUUAAUAUGUUGGUGCUGAAAUUCUAGCCAUGGCUGAUCUAGUAUUACAAAUCUCCAUGAAAGUUAAUGUCAUACAUGUAAUUAUGUCUCUGAAAUAAAUCUUAGCCAUACAAUUUUGCCACACCCGCUGUGUACAUGUAUCCAUAUUUGUGCCUUUUAUGUCUAAUAAAUUAAACUAUAAAGCUUUAUGAAUAUUUCA